CUGUUUUGCUGUCAGUGUCAGUGGAAAUUGAAUUUUUAGGUUAUAAAGGUGUUGUGAACUUGUGCGGUUGUAAAUAAAAUUUAACCAUGCCUCAAACUGGAGCAACGCGUCGUCAAAAAUUUCUCAAAUCAGAGAAAUCUAAAACAAAGCUGAAAGCGAAAAAUAAAGAACUCCCUAGAGGUACUAAUGUAACAAAAACCAAUUUCAAAGUAAAGAAGAUAGUAAUAAGGGAACAACUGAAGAAGCAUGGAGAAACUGAGGCAUUGUCGACAAGAAAACUAAACAUAAGGGAACUCCUGUCCCGUCUCAAUCAUUUCAACACCCACUCUAGAACUGACGCCUUGAAUGGUUUGAAGGAGCUCAUUGAGUCUCACCCUGAAGUAUUGGAACAUAAUCUUGGGGAACUCGUUCAUGGGAUUACUCCUUUGGUCUUGAAUAUCGAAAAAGUUGUGCGUCAUGAGUCCCUCAAGGUUCUACAUGUACUGCUUUCAAAGGCGAAAAUUGAGAGGAUUGACCCCUUCUUUGACAUCAUGUGUACCUAUUUGAGGAGUGCCAUGACCCAUAUUGAUGGAAGAAUACAAGAGGAUUCUCUUCUGUUCCUGGAUACACUCCUCCUUUGUACACCAACAAAAGUAGCUGAGGAUUUCCACAAAAUCAUACCUAAUUUCUUGGACAUGAUUUCUAAGUUGAGGGUUGAUUCAAAGCCUGGAAGAACUCUGACUGUUAACUUAGGAAGCCAAAUUACAACUGUGAAGUGGAGAGUCAAAGUACUUCACCGCCUUAAAGAUUACCUACAUGAGUUUAUCAAAUACAAUAACAUUGAAAAUUCCAAUGGUCCAGUUGUUGAGAACACAAAAAUGUUCAAUCCUAAUGAAUUGACGCACUUCUCUUUGUUCAAUCCAAUUUACAUUCAGAAUUGCCAAUUGUCUUGCUUCUCUUCUAAAAACUUGCAAGAUUCUGUGCCAGUAGAUGAGGUGGGUAAAUUCAAGGAAUACACUGACACUUUAAUGCCUCUGCUAUUUGAAACUUGGCUAGAAGUAUGUCCUGCUGCAAAUUCUGAGAAAAAUAUAGAGACUGUUAUCACUGAAGAUGCAGCUUCACUGCUCAAGCAUACCCUUGAGGUAAUUUCAUUGAUAUGGUUGCUUGUAAAGCAUUUCAAUAUGAAGAGCCCAACAUCGAACAUUCAAAACACUUUUUCACAGAAAUUUCGCCAGCCAUACUUGCAACAUUUUGUCAAAGCCUUCCCAUAUGUUACUAAUUUAAGGACAAAGAAUAGAAAUGUAGGUAAUACACAAUUUGAUAAUGUCAUAACUGAUCCUAAGCUAGUUGCACAGAACUUAGAAAUAUGUCAACUAUUCAUUGUACUCAAUCCUAACAUUAACAUCAAAAGUCAGAAUAAAGACAUGAUGGCUGUCUUGAAUUAUAUUGAGAAGACAUUCAAUAAGAACUCUGAUGCUGAAAUUAAUGAUGUUAUUAUAAAAAUAUUGCACACAAUAUUUUCAAAUGAAGUUAAUAAUUGGACCAGAAAUAUUUCAGCCAUGGAUGCAUUGUUUAGAAAGAUUGUAUGGUCAUAUUUUAAUAAGGACAUUCCUGGUGCCUUUUGGCAAAAAAUCUUCAGCCUUUUAUGUAAAAUUGCACUCAAUGAUAAAUUACAACAUUUCCAUGAAAGUGAUGCAUUUGUCGCUUGGCUGAGUCAUUUGCCAGAUAUUUUGUUAGAAGAAACAGUAACAGUUCAAACAAUUGAUAUAAUACACAAGUUUGCUGUGCGAAGUAAUGUAGUCUUUAACAAGGUCGUUAGGCCAAAGUUGUUAGAGAUUAUCCAAAACUUACCAAAGCUUGUAAUAUCUGAUAUUGAUGUAAAUGGAAGGGCUUAUUACAAAUUAUUUUCCUUGUUACAUUAUGUAAAAAAGUGGGAUGAUGAAUCCUUGAAUGCAUUACGAGAGCAGUUAAUACAAAAUGUAUAUAAAUGUGAUUAUGGCAAUUACAUAUUUGAAACGUUACAGUUACGAACAGGCGGAGCGUGAUUAUGUGUUGUAUCUAUUAAUUAAUUAUACUGUAUAAGAAAUAAUAAACUCGUGUAAUUAUGAUA